AUGUAAUAAUAGAAUGAUGACCAGAUUCCGUUGAACAUACCAUAAGAACAAUAUAAAUUGCCAGAAUAACUUGAUGGUAUGGAAAUUAUGAUUAUGCAAAGAAUUUGGUUAGCCAGUGAUGUUCAAGUGCAGCACUUGUGGAGUUUAGGCUGUUUCUAUAUUGUAACAUAAACCGGGAACUCAUACAUGGUUAUGCUGUGUCACCCUUUGCAUUUUUGGUGCAUUUUUAGCAUUCCUGCCAUUUUAUAUAAAAGAUUGCCAGGAUGUUACACAUGUAUGUCCUGCCUGUAGUCAACCUGUAUUAUCAUUGAGUUUAUAUUAUAGAAAGGAGUUAAACAAUUUAAAGCGUGUUGAUGAAAUAAGACAUAUUAUUAUCCAAAU